UGUGUGUGUGGCCGUCUCAAUUCUUUCCCGCAUUUUCUCUUUCGUCUCCCGGGUUGGCUUUCACUGAAUCAAAGGCAAUCUAAUCACCUCUCUCCUCCCUCCUCCCCCGCUUGUCUUCACCCGAGGAUUCAGCAAGUUAGAGAGUCCCUGCAGAUAAUUUGAUAACCCGUCCCUCGGUUUAAGCAGGGACAAACAAUCGGCCAGCGUCAUCACCAGCCAGUGGUGCAUGCACAGCGCUAAGAGACCGGCUGGGUUGUGUUGCGAAGGGAUCUCGUAGGGAAUUUCUUUUACUACCCACCGAACAAUCAAGAACGAGACUCGGACAAGGCCUCAUCACGGCGAAUCUUGACUCGCAAGAGGAGGAAUUGUCAAUUGUUUUGGGAAGUCAGGUCUGAACAUCUGGUGAUCCGAUCCGAGUAAAUUGGAGAAACGGAGUCAACGAAGAGCCUCUGGU